AGCCAUUCAAUUCGCACGCCUCUCUUGGUUCGUCGACGGAGAACUUCUCACUUCUCUUUUUUUUUUGAUUGGAAUCUUUGACCGACCACGCUCCUGCUUCUGCGUUCGACGCGGGGAAGCGACACGUUCAAAAGGUAUCGGAGACCACAUUGCCAAACUCGCGCAGCGCACCCAAACCGAGGUCAAGGAGAGACGUCCGACUUCCUUCCGCAGCAGCGUUCAUUACUCAAGCGGCUUCAAAACCAAACAACAGCAGAAAGGUACAGCCCCCUCAAGAUGGUUGUUAUCAAAGGCGGGGGACAGACCUAUGCGGUGGGCAUGGGCCGCCAAAUGGAGUGGGAAGACGUCCCCGAGUCUUUUAAGAAGAAGUGCGACGAGCAGAAGGAGAUCGAGAAGUGCGUUGACAUGCGCGCCAAGGCGCAGCAGUGCAUCAGUGAUAAAGGAUUUUGGGACGCCGAGUGCGUCGGCCUCACUGAGGAGUUUCAUCUUUGCCAGGCCAACGAGCUGACCCGAUUGGAGCUCUCGCAUCAAAAGAAGAAGAAGUGA